UGAAUCUCAUUUUUAUGAUUGAACCGAAUGCUCCUCGUGCCUUCGUGCAUUUGCCUGUUAUCCAACUCAUAGCCAAGCGGAACCGAGUUGUCGUAUAACAUCUGGGAUUGAGACAUUCGCUCCUUCACAACACAAGCAGCAAAUUGUUUCAUUUUUCGGUCAAGCCAAUAUCCACAACACGAGCUAUAAUGAUCGACAUCGAGAAUCCCUCCACACCUCCCACCAAAGCCAAACUAUCGCGAGAUGGACCUCCCCUCUCUCCGUCCCACACAGCCACAACGUUUCCGUCAGAUGGCUCACCUCCCACUGUUACCAUCGAUCACAAAGUAUCCAGAAGUUCACGAGGAGUGGGAGGAAGCCUUUUGUUGGGAAUGAGCAAACCUGUAUUUGCCUUGGUGGCAGCCACAGUAUUGGCCACGAGCGGUUCCGCCGCGUGGUUCUUCUCCGAAUGGCUCUCAAUACCAGGCUUGAAGGAGCAAGUCAGCGCUCUCGAGGUGGAAGUGACUCGGUUAGAGACUCAAGUGGUCCGAUUGGAACACCAAGUCAGUCGACUUUCCCAAGAAGUCGACGAUUUGGCCUUUGAGAACGAUCGUUAUUCGAUGCUCAAUGCACAGCUUAACGAAACGGCACAAGAAUACCAAAUACUAAACAACCAGCUGAAUGCUUCGACGACACGGCUCGAAAGUCUCAACGAGCAACUGGGCCAUUCCAACGGUUUAUUUGCCGAGCUCAACGCGGAACUGUCAAAUCAGAACCAAGUCUAUUCUUCUCUCAACCUGGAACUCAAUCAAACCCAGCUGGAGUUGUCUGCCCUCAACGACGAUCUACUCUCGGUCGUGACUUUUCUCAACGAGACGUCGACCAACCUUCAAGGGAAUCUGGAGAGCAUUGUCGACUUCUUGGCUGGACAAAUCGACGUCAAUCGAUUCUUGGUUCUAGAAACGCUAGAGAACACCUAUCAACAACGAACUCAAAGCUGGGACUGUGGCUUCCGAGACUUUUUCUUGACCGAGCCCUUCAUCCAGGACCCAACGGUAUCCAUCGGGUCCACUGAGCUUCCUUCAGUGCUUGACUUUAUCGAGAGCAGGCUUCUGACCGACCUUUGUCUGGACUUGGACGAUAUGCAACUCUAUCUUCAACAAACGUCAGGGAAAACCGAUUUGAGCGACCUCACUUCCAAUGAACUGAUACAAGGCACCUCGCGCUAUGUUACAUUAGUUAUGGAAUACUAUUUCGGAGGAAACUAUGGCGAUGACGGCGGCGUGAGCCCCGAGGAGUGGGGCGAAGCUUCCUACCAAUGUCAAAACCUGCAGCUCCCAUUUCUAUGGAGCUAGCUGCAUCCUGGGGUGCUUUUGGUUCUCACCGUGCCGUCGGGGACAUAUUCUUCAAUCUUCUAUGACAUUCCUGUCUGUACUAUUAAUAUUCUGUUUUAAUAAUUCCUCCACAAUUAGAACUUAUGUUUCAUGACCGUUUUCCUUCCUGAAUGUUGUGGCUCGAGGUGCGAGAGUUGCUCUCUCAAACG